CAAACGGUCAAGACGCGGAGCUCCGCUGAAAAAUAAAACAAUAUACAGAAGGAGAGAGCGAAGGGAAAGAAACUACAAAAUCGCAGCCCAAAUCGCGCUUCGUGGAAAAGAAAAAAGUUGGCUACAAAAUAAUUGCAAAAGGCUUCCGCCAAAUAACCCCGAAAAAAUCGAAAUAAAAAGUGUUUUGAAAUGCCAGUUAAGCAAUUACGCCAAUUAUGGGCUGUCUAAGGCGAAAGAAGGAAAGAGACAGGGCAAUUCUGCCUCUUCCGUGUUGUUGUGUGUAAUGUGUGAAACGAUUUUCCUCCUUCAACAAUUUUUUUUGGCAAUAUGCACGGGGCAUGUAGAUACAGCGACGAACAGGCUGAACUAGAGCCACAGAGAAGGGCCCUUCAUUAAAUUGGUUGCAGAAGAAUAAGGAAAAAAUAAAAGAAACAGUAGCAGAUGAGGGUUACUUUUUGAGGCAAACACCAAGGAAAUAAUAACCUUGACGGCUUCUGGCCAAGGCUCUCAACUCGCUGUUCGAGGGUCCGCGUCGUACAACAUGGCGUAUGCUUAAUAAAACCAAAAUAUUAUAUGCCAGCAAAAAUGCAAACAUGUGCAACAAAGUGUGCGUGCGCGUGUGUGUGUGCCAAAUAAAAUGUUAAGCAAAUAAAUAAGCGAUUCGAUUCGACUCAACUCCACUCUACGCGAUUCCCGAUGACGCAUUCGAGAAGAGUAGGGCAGAAGGUUAAAUUACACAAAACGUCAAAUUCGCCACGUACGAUAGUCGAUUCGGAGUCGCCAGUCCGAAAUUCGGUUUCGGUAUCGGAGUGCUCGUUCGGGAUACGGAGUAUUCAGAUUAUAGGCAUACAGAGAGCAGAAACUAUACGGCACAUAACACACCAAAACUUUCCAAUUGAAUUCUGCUAUAAGAAUAGAAAACCGAAAGAAUCACCUAACAAAUUAUUAAAUAUUAUCUAUGCGCCUCAACCAAAGUGUCCCUGUGUCGCUGGAAAAUAUCAUGCAUAUUAUUUCAACAAUUUACUCAACCAGAAAAUGUGCCUAGCUCUCUGAGCGUGGGAGAAAGCUUGGCCAGAGAGAGAGAGAGAGUAACACCCUCAACCUUAAUUCACCACGAUAAAAUACAACAAAGAGGCAAACUAAAAAAAAAUUGAAAAAAAAAUACUUUCACUCUCGCCACAACGUGGCGGCAUCGAGAGGCAGGAAGCGCAUAGAGUGACAGACAGACAGAGAGAGACGGACGGACGGACGGCGCUGGAAAACUCAAAGGGAAAACUUUUUGCAUGCCACAAGCAGCAGGAGCGUCACAAUCAGCAUCAGCUGACUGCUGCAGGAAGCCUGGCAGCAGGACAACUGUGUGUUGCGGACAGGACGAGCGUCCGGUCGUGUCACCAUCCAUUCAAUAGGGGCCUCCAGCAAACACUGGCCAACACACAGGCUCCUCAGGCCGCCACUCGCCCACACACACACACACCGCGCCCGAGCAACGGCAGUUUUAAUGUAUCCUUAGAAUUCCAAACAGCUCCAGUGUAAUGCGCCUUGGGGGCAGUGGCAUUCCAUACGACGGCGACCCCCUGACAAUGAGCGCAGCUGGCAACGACUAUGCCGAACUCUGUGAUCUUGGACCCUCGCGAUGGAGUGCCCGACCCUACGGAUACAAUGCGACCGCAGCGGCAGCCGCCAGCUUUGGCCUUGGGCCCUCAAUGGGCGGAACGCAGUCGUCGUCGAGCGUGCCGACGGGCGGAUCGGCGGGACUCAGUGGUCACCACCUGCGCAGUAGUGGAGCGCCGGGGCCGAGCAGCUUCGAGGCGGAGGACAUUGGAAUGGCCUUUGGCAUGAUCAGUCCGCCGCCGGGCAGCGGACCCUACGUUGGCUCGUCGGCGGCGGCGGGCGGUUCGCGCGUUGGCAACAGCACCAGUUCGUUGCGCGGUGCCGGCGGUCGAUCCGGAUUGUAUUACUCCCCGCCGGGCACCUCUUACACGAUCGUCGAGCGCCCCCACUCGCCGCACUACUACUUCAACUCGGCGGGCGUGCCCACCAAGGGCGGCUCGUUGCCGGGGCGUGGCAGCGCCUAUCUCAGCUCCUCACCCGCCAGCCACAUGGCCGCCGGAACGGCGGGCACACUACCCACAUCGACGGCGGCCAGUGGGCGAUCGAUGGGCCAGCACGCGAGCAGCAACGGCAACAAGAAGCGGCCCAUAUCGCCGGAGCAGGUGCUCCGCAUGUUCGGCGCCACCCAGUCGUCAUCAGUUCCUACGAGUAGCUACCACUACAGCAACGGCGGCACGCGGGAUCGGGAUCGCACCGGCAGGGGGGGCCCCGCCAGCAGUCCGCCUUCCACCACCCACCAGAUUUAUCGGGAUCGGGAGCGGGAAAGGGAUCGUAGUGUCCCGAAUAUCCAUGAACUUACGACGCGAACCGUUUCCAUGUCGCGCGACCAGCAAAUCGAUCAUGGCUUCGGCAUUUGCGUAAAAGGAGGCAAAGACUCAGGCUUAGGCGUCUACAUCUCACGCAUCGAGGAAAAUUCGGUGGCCGAGCGCGCUGGCUUGCGACCCGGUGAUACAAUCCUAGAGGUGAAUGGCACCCCCUUCACCUCAAUCAAUCACGAGGAGGCGCUGAAGAGAUGUGUGCAGAUAUUGAAAUCGUCACGUCAAAUCAGUAUGACGGUGCGAGCGCCGCCCACUCUGAACUCGACCGCCCCGCUCCACGGCUUCGGUCCGCCCUCCCGCGACCCCAUGUACGCGUCGAUGGCUCCCCCCCUGCACCCACAGAACCAGGCGGCAGCGGCAGCAGCGGCGGCGGCGGCCUCCGGGGCGGGUCUGCCCUUCCGCCAGACCUGCUCCUGGAUGGACCGCCACGGACGACCCGCCUCCCCGCCCAUGGAGUACGGGGGCAGGCGCAGCGAGCGAAGGGAUCGCAUACGUCGUGUAGAGCUGCUGAUCGAGCCGGGUCAAUCUCUGGGCCUGAUGAUCCGUGGCGGCGUGGAGUACGGCCUGGGGAUCUUUGUCACCGGCGUGGAUAAGGACAGCGUGGCGGAUCGUUCCGGACUGAUGAUUGGCGACGAGAUCCUCGAGGUCAAUGGGCAAUCCUUUCUCGAUGUGACGCACGACGAAGCGGUGGGUCAGUUGAAGUACCACAAACGCAUGUCGCUGGUGAUACGUGACGUGGGCAAGGUGCCCCACUCCUGCACCUCCAUCGAGAUGGAGCCCUGGGACGCCUACAGUCCAACGGGCACAAGAGCACGCCGAAAAGGUCAAAUUGCGACCAUGGUGGAGGAGAAGGCGCGCUCCCUGCUGCCCCGUCAUCACUUUGCAAGCCUUUCGUACUAUAUUGCCGAAUAUAGUGCGAAAGCAAUGACCAUAGAUGCCUUUGUUGCCGUCUUGUUAGAGAUGUUAGAUACGUACGAAAAGCACACGCUAGUGACGGAAAUACGGGAAUUAGUUUUCCCCGAGGAUCGCACGCGAUACGAUGAGCUCGUCUAUCGCAGAGAACGCGAUCCUUAUAGCGUGGAUAGGCAUAGGCGUAAGGGAGACCCCGCCCGUGAUUUGCCGGUAACUGCCGAUGAUUUGGAAAUAAUAGCCGCCACCGGACGGAGUCCUUCGUCGGACUCGGGCCUGGGCAUGACCGUAACGGAUAUACACAAACGACCCGCACUACAGUUGCCCCAUCGGCCCAUGUCGGCGGGACCCAUACUGCAUCGCUCACAGCCAGCAUCACAUUAUCAGACAGGCAGCAACCAGUCCUCAUCAUCAUUGUCGCCUCCACAACAACAACAGCAGCAGCAACACUAUCAACCCCACCAUGCCUCAUUGCGUCAUCUGGGCGGUAUCGGCGGCAACGUGGGAUCCGGUCGUCAUCAUCACCAUCCGUUGGGACCAAGUCAAUUGAAAUUCAGGCAGACCAAAGACAAUCAGCAACAGGAAUACGGCUGUGAUGAGCACAGAACUCGCCGGGGCAGCGAAACCCUUUUACCGGAAUACGAACCAGAUGCGGAACAGGGCGGCUACUUAGAUGGACUGCGUUCACAUUUGGGUGGUUUAACACAACGUGUCAAAUCAUGGUAUUGGGGACGACCUCUAGAGUUGGCCACAAAACUCUCAAGAAGUUUCGAUAUGAAGGAAGAAGGCGGCACAUUGCUGGGCGAUAAAGGUGUACGAAGGCAUCAGUCCAUGCAGCGUCUGUCAGCGGAGCAAAAUGGUGGUUCAACGACUGAACAAACACAUGAACACAAUCCAAACGUCGUACCUGAUCAUAGAGGCAACUUACACAUUACAGUUAAGAAAACCAAACCAAUUUUAGGUAUUGCUAUCGAAGGUGGUGCUAAUACAAAACACCCGCUCCCUAGGAUAAUCAAUAUCCAUGAAAAUGGUGCAGCAUUUGAAGCGGGCGGCCUAGAAGUCGGCCAACUCAUCCUGGAGGUAGAUGGAACCAAAGUGGAGGGUCUGCAUCAUCAGGAGGUUGCUCGACUAAUAGCCGAAUGCUUUGCUAAUCGUGAAAAGGCUGAAAUAACCUUCUUAGUUGUCGAAGCAAAAAAAUCAAAUUUGGAACCGAAGCCGACGGCGCUGAUAUUUUUAGAAGCCUAACAUUUGCUUGCCCUGCCGGCC